AUGCGAUUUCUGUGCAGCCGCUUCGCACAAUGUUCAAAUUUCUCAAAACGAGCUGUUUCUCAGUUGCAAAAACAGCAACGAAAAGACAAUCGAGCCGAUACGGGAGUUCUUGGCGAGUAUCAUCACACUCCACUCGGUAAAUCCGAUCUGCCACAACGGACACGAGUCUCCUAUUUGUCGGCUCAGAUGUUGGAAGCGAAGCAAAUUGGCGUUCGAGGGCUUUCUUGUGUGGGAUUUCGGAUGAUUGAUGGAAGUUUUCUCUAUGGACCAGUUGCUUUAUUCCCGAAAGUUGCGCUAUCUUGGAGAGUUCUUACCCCCGAUGACAUCACACCGGAAUCUCUCGCGCUUUUUGUCAAUCUUGAGCCAAAGAUUGAUGUGCUCGUUGUUGGUGCCGGUGAUAAGAAGAACAUUGAUAAAAUUCGACAUCGGAUAGCGGGAUUUCUCCGUGAGCACAAAAUUGGGCUGGAGAUCAUGGACACCGAGGAUGCCAUUUCUACCUUCAAUUUUCUGAAUGCAGAAGGGAGGUAUGUGGCAGCAGCUCUCUAUCCACCCGACGAAAUGCUUGUCUCUGAUGCGGAAUAUGGGCGAGCACUCAAUGUUCUUCGAUCGUUCGACACUUUGGAAGAAAAUCCGCUCACUUUGGGAUUGUUUUCAUUUCCGGACACAAAUGAGGAUCUUGUGAAGAAAAUUUGGGGAUCUGACGAAAGUUGGGAUGAAAUUAAAAGAAAAGUUUUGCAAAUUGAUAAGCGUGAACAGCGACUAUUGGAUGAUGGAAAGAAAAACAAA